UGUAGUGGAGGAACUAGCUAUGUUGAAUGGCAAGCAAAAGGGUUCCAGGUCUCGACUUCUGUCUGCGACAUUUCUUCUCGUGUGAAACGUGAGAAACUCAUGGAAACCGUUUCCUCUCUCUUCCAAAGAAAGCUCAACAUCCUUGUCACCAAUGCGGGAACGCUAAUAGUUAAGCCGACCACGGAGUAUACAGCAGAAGAAUUCUCUUUUGUAAUGGCUACAAAUCUGGAGUCAGCUUUCCAUCUUUCACAACUCGCGCACCCUUUAUUGAAAGCUUCUGGCUCAGGAAGCAUCGUGCUCAUGUCUUCUGCUGCCGGAGUUGUGCAUGUUAGUGUUGGAUCCAUCUAUGGAGCAACCAAAGGAGCCAUGAAUCAGCUGGCUAGAAACUUAGCUUGUGAAUGGGCAAGUGACAGCAUAAGGACUAACUCUGUUUGUGCUUGGUAUAUCACAACUCCUUUAACUAACAAUUAUCUGAAUGACGAAGAGAUUAUAAAAGGAGCCGAGCGUAGGACAGCGGUAGGACGUACCGGAGAGGCAAAUGAAGUCUCAUCGCUUGUGGCAUUUCUUUGUCUUCCCGCAGCAUCUUAUAUUACUGGCCAGGCCAUUUGUGUUGAUGGAGGUGCCACGGUCAACGGUUUUUCCUUCAAGCCUCUGCCUUAAACACAUAUUUGCAUUUGUUCGGAUCAUAUUUUUAAAUAUCAAAACGUAAAAGCUAAUAUAAAAUGUCUCAAUGGUCAAAUAUGUAAUAAAUGUAAUUUAGAUGA